AUGAGUUUGGUCGCCACAUUACUGGUUUUGACUGAUGCGGCUCAUUUCAACGGUGGUACGAUAUCAUGGCAGCCGGUUGAUCCCACUGAUAAAGUGAGUCCAAUAUCAAUAAUGAUUACUCAGUCCUAUACAUGGGCUUAUCCGAAUGUCUACUGCAACAAUUCGAUGAUCACUAAUCAUAUUCCCAUCCCAGCUCGUAUUCCUAAUACCUUUCUGAACGUAUCAGCAAUUUAUACGAAGACUGGUGGUUAUUCUGCCGUUCCCGUCACUCCUUAUUGUACUUCGUUCAGCUCUUCGCUCGGUGUUCUUAGUAGCCAACAAUCAGAUAUCGUUAAUUUGACGGUUAACGCAAGUUUUUCUAUUACUUUCCAAAACUCAUAUUGGGCAACUUUGACAAAUCCAUCUGGAACGAAUACUGCUACUUGGUCAAUAGCAACGAUGAUCAAUCUUUUCGUUCGACCAGAUGGACGAAUAAAUACUUCGCCGGUGUCUCAAAUGUUAUCACCACAACACAUUCAGCAGAACGUUCUAACAACUAUUGUCAUACCUACGUUCGAUUCUGACAAUGAUGUUGUGCGUUGUCGAUGGGCAAAUAAGUCACUAAAUGGAGACGAAUGUGCUAAUGUAUGUCCUCCUACUGUGCUACCUGCCGGAACUAUCUUGUCAAGCAACUGUACAUUAUAUAUUAAAGGUACAACGUCACCAGCAUUGUAUGUUGCGGCUGUGAUGGCGACUGUUGUCUACACAACGAUGUUGUAUGUUCAUAAUUUUUGUGGGAACACUGUGACGAUUCUCGAUAUUGGAUUACAAGCACCUGCAGGAAUUAUUCAUGGGCCAUUGACAUCAGUGUACGGUAGUAACACGUCAUUGUAUUCCAUGAAUCUGACGUGGACACCAACGAACCAACAAACUGGUACUCAACUUCUUUGCGCAGUGGCAUUGGACAGGUAG